ACGGAAAUGAAAGGAGUACUUCCGGGUUCGGCAGUAAGCUGGAGCCGGCGGUAUAGGUUAGCCCUUCAGGGGUUCGCUCCGAAGCUCCGCCUUCGCUCCGGUCUUUCUGGAAACACCGUUUUGAUCUCGGCACUGCUGGACAAGUACUUCCAGGCUGCUGCGGGUACCCUCCGUCUAGUUUGCUGCACUGGGCGGGCAAGACCCUUUCCUGGUGAAGACUCAGAGUUCCGGCAGGGUGCAUCCGGCCUGUGUGUGGCGCUAGGCAGGGAAUCCAGCGGCCCCGACGCUGACGUUUUGUCCCCUCUUUCUUCUCUCUUCGCGGUUGCACCGUCGCCGACGCUCGUGUGAGCCCCAAUGGCAGAUACGACCCCGAACGGCCCGCAAGGGGCGGGCGCUGUGCAAUUCAUGAUGACCAAUAAACUGGACACGGCAAUGUGGCUUUCUCGCUUGUUCACAGUUUACUGCUCUGCUUUGUUUGUUCUGCCUCUUCUUGGGUUGCAUGAAGCAGCAAGCUUUUACCAACGUGCUUUGCUGGCAAAUGCUCUUACCAGUGCUCUGAGGCUGCAUCAAAGAUUACCACACUUCCAGUUAAGCAGAGCAUUCCUGGCCCAGGCUUUGUUAGAGGACAGCUGCCACUACCUGUUGUAUUCACUCAUCUUUGUAAAUUCCUACCCAGUUACAAUGAGUAUUUUCCCAGUCUUGUUAUUCUCAUUGCUUCAUGCCGCCACAUACACGAGAAAGGUCCUUGAUGCAAGGGGUUCAAAUAGUUUACCUCUGCUGAGAUCUGUCUUGGACAAAUUAAGUGCUAAUCAACAAAAUAUUCUGAAAUUCAUUGCUUGCAAUGAAAUAUUCUUGAUGCCUGCAACAGUUUUUAUGCUUUUUAGUGGUCAAGGAAGUUUGCUCCAACCUUUUAUAUAUUAUCGAUUUCUUACUCUUAGAUAUUCAUCUCGAAGAAAUCCAUAUUGUCGGACCUUAUUUAAUGAACUGAGGAUUGUUGUUGAACACAUAAUAAUGAAACCUGCUUGCCCACUGUUUGUGAGAAGACUUUGUCUCCAGAGCAUUGCCUUUAUAAGCAGAUUGGCACCAACAGUUCCGUAGUUUAACAUCUAGUUAAGCUAUAAAUUUAGUAUAAGCAUUAUUAGCAGCUGGUACUUCUGCUAGGGUUUGUAAAUUCCAAGUGUUACACUGACCUCAAUCCAAUUUACAUAAUUUACAUAAAUGCAUCUCAGUGGAAAAAUAAUCAUUUUCUUGGCAUGUUAAAUCAAGCUUAAGAAGUUUUGAGAAAAUUUUACUGCGCUGUGUUGCUAAUGGUUAAAGAAGUCUGUAUCUAGUGUUAAAUGUACCAAUUUUUUUUUUAAAAAGAUGCUGUUGUGCCUAUAUUAUGAAGUACAUUUAUUUCUCUUGUAAAAAUAGCUCUAAAAUUUGUUUCAACCUAAUUGGUAACCUGAGUUUCUAUCUGGCAUGAGUUCAUUAUGUUGAAACACAUAUGUGAAUUCAGUAUAUUUUGAGACCGUAUUCUACUAUUCAGCAAUUUUGGUUAAUGAUUUUAGUAUUUCUCAGUGUAUUUAAUUUCUAAUUGUUUUUUAAUUGGUUUUAUGCUGCUUUGUUAGCACAGAUGUGUUUUGAAUGUACCAUUAUAAGAAGAAUUCUAUAUCUUAAACUAUGACCUUCUAAAAUUUUAUUUCCAUAAGUACUUCUGUGGCCUUGAGUAUGUUUUAAAAGGCUCAACUGUGUCUUAGCCAGUUGGAUAAAUUUUUGGGGUCACCUAGCCAUUGAAAGCAGAAAGCAGCAGUGACACAGCUUUCCUUUCAGAAAGCCAUUGAGAAACAUUUCUCAAAUAGGAAAUCCUUCCUUACUAAUGUGGACAUAUAUAUUAUUCGUUUUAUAGUUUGUAGAACUACCUAGUUCAGAAUCUUGACUGCCGGUUUUCUUGGUUUCUUAGGCUUGAAUUUUCAUAGACAAUUGCAACAGUUUAGAUGCCUUUCGAAAGGAAUGUAACUGAAGAUUCAGCAUCUGACUAUAUGUGUAUCUGUUCUGAAAUACUAAUGGAGAGUAUCCUGUAGAGUUCAUGUUUACCCAUUAAAUCUGACUUAAAAGGUUAAAUGGAAGAUUUCAUAGGUAAGGUAAUUGAUUAGGAAUGGGGUACGGGGAGGAGUUGUGGGGGAAUGGUGUGCAUUCUAAUCUCUUAAUGCAUAGAUACAUUUAGGGGAAUUAGAUGUAUUAUGCAACUUUGAUUUGGGUUGUAAAAUGUGUUAAAUCCUAUUCAUUGAGCUCCCAUCAACUCUUUUAUAAAAUUCAUACUGAUCUU